AUGGCGGCUUCCUCUCGCUUCCCGUUAGCUGCUCGCUGCAGCCUCUUGCUCACGGCAGCGCUGGUCCUAGCGCUGAGCCUUGGAGCCCACGGUCAUGCAGGUGCCGAUGCCGGUGCCGGGUUAAGCUCGUCCUUCUACGACGACUCGUGCCCCGGUGCGGGCGACAUUGUCCGGCGCGUCAUCCAGAUAGCCCGCGUCGCCGACGCGCGCAUCCCGGCCAGCCUCAUCCGCCUUCACUUCCACGAUUGCUUUGUUCAGGGCUGUGACGGCUCGCUUUUGUUGGACAACGACCUCCCGGCGAUCAUGACCGAGAAGGAGGUCCCUCCCAACGACAGGUCAGCGCGCGGGUUCAAGGUGGUCGACGACAUCAAGCGUGCCCUGGAGAACGCAUGCCCCGGCAUCGUGUCUUGCGCCGACAUCCUUGCCCUCGCCUCCGAGAUUUCCGUCGAGCUGGCUGGAGGGCCGCGCUGGAGUGUGCCGCUGGGCCGCCGUGAUGGCACGACCAUCAACAUCGAGAGCGCCAACAAUCUCCCGAGCCCCUUCGACUCUCUGGAGACGCUCCAGGAGAAGUUCAAAAACUUGGGCCUCGACGACACUGACCUUGUCGCCCUCCAAGGAGCACACACCUUUGGGCGGGCGCAAUGCCAGUUCACGCAGCGGAACUGCAGCGCCGGGCAGGACGACGAGACGCUCGUGAGUCUCGACACAGUCACCCCUGACGUCUUCGACAACAAGUAUUACGGCAACCUCUUGCGUGGCCGCGCCCCUCUCCCUUCCGACCAGGUAAUGUUGUCUGAUCCCGUUGCCGCCGCGACCACCGCACGGAUCGUUCGCAGGUUCUCCGGAAGCCAGAAGGACUUCUUCAAGAAUUUCGCGGCCUCGAUGGUCAAAAUGGGGAACAUAAGCCCGUUGACCGGAAGGGCCGGGCAGAUUAGGAACAACUGUAGGAGGGUGAACAGAAAACCCUAUUGA